UCUGUGUUGCUCACGCUGGGAGCUGGAGGCUGGAGCUGUUCCUAUUCGUCCAUCUUGGGCCCCCCCCUUUUUUUUCGUUACUUGACAUUUAACACUGCAGUCCUCUCAUCUGUAAAAUGGGCACACUGCAGUGAUUGCCUCAUAUACUUAUUGUUAGGGGUAAAAUAACUACCGUAGGGAAAGCACUGAGAAGGGUGUUGGGCAGAGAGGAAGUCCUGUAGAAGCAUUAGCCAGUAGUACUUGCAGUGGGUGGAAUAAAACCCUGGGUUGGGACAUCACAUCUUGUGGUUUUCCUUCUGCUCUGCCCUCAACUGUGCUGCCCCAGGUUCCUUCUCUAUAAAGUGGGAUCUAUCAUGACCAGCCUACCUUAUCAGUAUAGGAGAGAAAAUCUUCAUGUCUGAAGGUCAGUGAUCACAGAUGGCAUACUUGACUUGUGCUGCUUCAUUUUGGGGGUCCAUGGUAUCAAUGAACUUGUUUUACUUCUGGGCAUCUUGGAGUUGCAGAUUCCAUCAUGCAGAAUGGCCCUUUGGAGGUUUUUCCCUCCCGUCCCCCUGCCCAGGUACCUGAACUGUCCUGGGGAGAUGGCACUCCUGUUGCCCUCUGGGGAUGGAGCUUCCAUAAUCUAUGCCCUCAACCCUCUUUAACCCUCCUAGUGUCUCAUGAGAGAGCUCUUAUAAAACGGACCCCUCCUUCUCCCUCUAGCAGCCCCUCCUCCUGUUCUGCGGUCCCUUGUGCACCUACUCCCUCCUCUUCUCCCUUUUGUCCUGCUUAACCUAGGGGAAGGUGGUGAGGACAGCUGGUCUCCACCUACUGUGAAGACAGGUGUGGGGGGAUCUGCCGUCCAGGGGCUCGCCCCCCACUCCUGCCCCCAGGGCUGACCCCUGGACAGUGGAUGACCCUUUAGGGCGGCGGGAAGGAGGCUUUGCUGGCGGGAUUGGAAACUAAUCAGCCAGACAGUUCAUGAGAUAAUCCGGCUGAAUUUUUACACUUGAAGCAGGUUGUGGGGCGUCGCCCCGGGCUUGGGGGAGCAGGGAGCGAUUACCGUCUCGCCUCUCAGCCCCACGGACCCGAGUGUGUCCUGGACUCAACCCGGCUGCGGGACCGCGCUCCUUUCUCGACGCGCCCGGGCGCCCAAGGCGCAGCGGGGAGAGCUGGUCUCAGGCUGCGCAGCGCCGGCGGCCGGGAGGGAUGGGGGAGGAGGAGGCGGCAGCCGGCGAGGGGCGGACUCGCCGGGACGGAGCUGAGCGAGAUGGAAUUAGCCCCGCGGCGGCAUAAGCCUGCCCAGAAGCGCGCGGCCGCGGCCGGCGGGGUCUGCAUCCACACCAUGGCUACUCCCAGGCCGCGUGAUAUUCCCCUGCUCCCUGGCUCCCCACGCCGGCUGAGCCCUCAGGCAGGGACCAGAGAGGGCCAGGGCCCCAAACACGGACAGCAGUAUCUCCAGACGCCAGGUCCCCGGGCCCCAGGUCUGCAGGGCAGUUCCAGCCGAGAUCCUGGCCAGCCCUGCGGCCCAGAGAGUGCCCGCAGCAGCUCUGUCAUCAACAACUAUCUGGAUGCCAAUGAGCCUGUGUCCUUGGAAGCCCGUCUUAGCCGCAUGCACUUCCAUGACAAUCAGAGGAAGGUCGACUAUGUGCUUGCCUACCACUACCGGAAACGUGGGAUGCACCUGGCCCAAGGCUUCCCUGGCCACUCGCUGGCUAUCGUCUCCAAUGGGGAGACAGGCAAGGAGCCUCAUGCUGGGGGCCCAGGUGACAUUGAGCUGGGGCCACUCGAUGCCCUGGAGGAGGAGAGGAAGGAGCAGCGGGAGGAAUUUGAGCACAAUCUGAUGGAGGCUGGACUGGAGCUUGAGAAGGAUUUGGAGAGUAAAAGCCAGGGAUCCGUCUUUGUCCGGAUACACGCCCCGUGGCAGGUGCUGGCCAGAGAGGCAGAAUUCUUGAAGAUCAAAGUUCCUACCAAGAAAAUGUACGAGAUCAAAGCAGGAGGCAGCAUUGCAAAGAAGUUCAGCGCAGCUCUGCAGAAGCUGAGCUCGCCCCUGCAGCCCCGAGUUCCAGAACACAGCAACAACAAGAUGAAAAACCUGUCCUACCCAUUCUCCAGGGAGAAGAUGUACCUGUACAACAUCCAGGAAAAGGACACCUUCUUUGAUAAUGCCACCCGCAGCCGCAUUGUGCACGAGAUCCUGAAGCGCACAGCCUGCUCCCGAGCCAACAACACGAUGGGUAUUAACUCUCUGAUUGCAAACAAUAUUUAUGAGGCUGCCUACCCUCUUCAUGACGGUGAAUACAAUAGUCCAGAGGACGAUAUGAAUGACAGGAAGCUGCUAUAUCAAGAAUGGGCGCGCUAUGGAGUGUUCUAUAAGUUCCAACCUAUUGACCUCAUCAGAAAGUAUUUUGGAGAAAAAAUUGGACUGUAUUUUGCCUGGCUGGGGUUAUAUACAUCAUUCCUCAUUCCAUCUUCUGUAAUUGGAGUGAUUGUGUUUCUUUAUGGAUGUGCAACAAUUGAAGAAGAUAUUCCCAGCAGAGAGAUGUGUGACCAGCAGAAUGCCUUCAUCAUGUGUCCCCUGUGCGACAAGUCCUGUGAUUACUGGAACCUCAGCUCAGCCUGUGGGACCGCGCGGGCCAGCCACCUGUUUGACAACCCUGCCACCGUCUUCUUCUCCAUCUUCAUGGCUCUGUGGGCUACCAUGUUCCUGGAAAACUGGAAGAGGCUGCAGAUGCGACUGGGCUACUUUUGGGACCUGACUGGCAUAGAAGAGGAAGAAGAACGUGCCCAGGAACAUUCCAGGCCUGAGUAUGAAACCAAAGUUCGAGAGAAAAUGCUAAAGGAGAGCAACAAGUCGGCUGUCCAGAAAUUGGAAACAAACACUACGGAGUCUGGCCACGAGGAUGAUGAAGAUAAACUGACCUGGAAGGAUCGUUUCCCAGGUUACCUGAUGAACUUUGCCUCCAUCUUAUUCAUGAUUGCCCUGACGUUCUCAAUCGUCUUUGGGGUGAUUGUGUAUCGAAUAACAACAGCAGCCGCUCUGUCUCUCAAUAAGGCUACACGCUCCAAUGUCCGGGUGACAGUGACAGCAACAGCAGUCAUCAUCAACCUCGUGGUCAUCCUCAUCCUGGACGAGAUCUAUGGUGCUGUGGCCAAGUGGCUCACCAAAAUUGAGGUUCCGAAAACAGAACAGACUUUUGAAGAGCGCCUGAUCCUCAAAGCUUUCUUGCUCAAGUUUGUCAAUGCCUACUCCCCCAUCUUCUAUGUGGCCUUUUUCAAGGGGAGGUUUGUGGGCAGGCCUGGAAGCUACGUCUAUGUAUUCGAUGGUUACCGCAUGGAAGAGUGCGCUCCAGGGGGCUGUCUCAUGGAGCUCUGCAUUCAGCUCAGCAUCAUCAUGUUGGGGAAGCAGUUGAUCCAGAACAACAUCUUUGAGAUUGGAGUCCCGAAGCUAAAGAAACUAUUUCGAAAGCUGAAAGAUGAGACAGAAGCUGGAGAAACUGACUCUGCCCAUUCGAAACAUCCAGAGCAGUGGGACCUAGACUACAGCUUGGAACCAUACACAGGACUAACUCCGGAGUACAUGGAAAUGAUCAUCCAGUUUGGUUUCGUCACCCUCUUUGUGGCCUCCUUUCCCCUGGCACCUGUGUUCGCCCUCCUCAACAAUGUCAUUGAAGUGCGGCUGGACGCCAAGAAGUUUGUCACGGAGCUGAGACGGCCGGAUGCUGUAAGAACCAAAGAUAUCGGAAUCUGGUUUGACAUUCUCUCUGGAAUUGGCAAGUUCUCUGUUAUCAGCAAUGCUUUUGUCAUUGCGAUCACCUCCGACUUUAUCCCCCGCCUGGUGUACCAGUACUCCUACAGUCACAAUGGGACUCUGCACGGCUUUGUCAACCACACCCUCUCCUUUUUCAACGUCAGCCAGCUGAAGGAGGGGACGCAGCCAGAAAACUCACAGUUUGACCAGGAGGUUCAGUUCUGCAGGUUUAAGGAUUACCGAGAGCCGCCAUGGGCCCCGAACCCUUAUGAGUUUUCCAAACAGUACUGGUUUGUUCUGUCCGCCCGUCUGGCUUUUGUCAUCAUCUUCCAGAACCUCGUGAUGUUCCUGAGCGUCCUCGUGGACUGGAUGAUUCCAGAUAUCCCCACGGACAUCAGCGACCAGAUCAAGAAAGAGAAGAGCUUAUUAGUGGACUUCUUCCUGAAAGAGGAGCACGAGAAGCUCAAGCUGAUGGAUGAGCCGCCCCUGAGGAGCCCAGGAGGUGGGGAUCGAAGCAGGAGCCGGGCAGCCAGCUCAGCACCUUCAGGUCAAAGCCAGCCGGGCAGCGUGAUGUCGUCAGGCUCUCGGCACACCAACGUGUGAGCAGUUCAGCCUGCAGCAGAGGAGGGCACGGUAGCAGAGACACGCACGUGCACACAAGCGCGUUCCUACCCCCACACGGCGUGCUGUCUGUCUGCAGGGGCCCGGCUUGAUGGGGUCUUAAAGAGGGAAUAUGUGUAGAAAGAAAGAGGCUGAGAGAAUGGGUGUAGGAAGGAAGAGAAAUGAUGCUACUUUGCAGAAACUUCAAGCUUAAGUUUCUUUUAGGUCCUCUUUUAAGCUGCAUCCUUUUGAGGUAUCGGAAGCCCACUGGGGUCUCUCCACCCCAGAGUUCUCAGGCACUGCAAGCAUUCCCACAUGCCCUGGGGCACCCUCCUGUACUUCACCAUCAUUUCUGACUCUGACCAGCUGUAAGAGAAAUGCAGUCAGGAGCACGGCAUCCCCUACCUGCUAUCACUAGUGACUCAGAAAACUGAGUCACUUGCAAUGGGGCUGCCACAGUCUCAGCAGAUGCAAAUUAGGUUACAGGGCUGAAUGGUGCAGCCGCUGGACCUGAUAGGAAGAUGCAAAGGUCCAAACCUGGGCUUGUCUCCAGUUCACGUCACAAAAACAUUUGGAGCUAAAUGCAAGUAACUGUCAUUUUACGAAAGUUCAGAUUUAAAAUAAUAAAAUAAAUGGACACGUUCUUUAUAAAGA